AUGGACUCUAAACACAAGUCAAGCUUUUUAUCUACUAAACUCUAUCAAUAUGAGCUUCAAACGGCUCUUUAUAUGCUGGAACCUUGGGAAAAAGCUUUAUUCAACACCAUUGUGUUGAGCAUUGUCUCUCUUUCAGUUGUAACAAUGUAUCAAUAUACACCAGUCCUUUUAAAGCUUAUUGCUUAA